AUGGCCACGCAACCUCUUGGAGAAGCCACCCAGCAGCUCUGGGAUGACGCCCUCACCCGGCUUCUCCACCUUUCUUCUUCUACUGUGCGACGAAAUUCUGAGCUCGAGGCCCGGGUCGCGGAGCUCGAGCUCGAGCUCCACGUCUGGAAGCAGGCUCAUGCAUCAGCGCUGGAGGCAAACGAGGCACAUAACGUGCAGAUUGCUGCGCUCAACCGACAAAUAUCCAACUUAGACUACUUCAAGAACAACCAAAGUCCACUUAUCCUUUGCGUCUUAAAUGGCAAUGAGCUCUGCUUUAGCCGUGAGCUCCUUAUGCAAGGUUACCAAGGAGGUCGGCUUGCUGCGCAAGAAAUUACCAAGGUCAUCGCGGAACACUUGACCAAGGAGGAAGUCUACGUCUAUGGACGUUUAUCGUUUUGGAUCACGAUCUAUCUAAGCAAAUCUGAAGUUCUGGAGAAUCUUCUCUAUCAUAAUGCUUGCACGGAGCCUCACUUCACCUCUUUCCUCGCUGGGUUUAGUCAGGCGUCCGCUCGCUUCUGUGUUGUGGACGUUGGCUGCGGAAAGGACGCUGUCGAAUCAAAGAUCAAAGAAUACCUGCAGACGUUCAUACGAUUUCCACAGACAAUCCGGGUAUUUUUCGGCGGGUAUGAGCCGCCUUCAUACACUGCGCUUUUCGAUGCGCUCGAUCAGGAGCAAUUAUUGGGCAAGAUUGCACUCUUGCAGACGAACGACAAUGGUCCAGGGGAUGGACAGGCGAUGCACCCCCUCCCCAAAUUGCGCUUGGACAACGUCUUCAUGAACGAACGACUCCAAAGGUCUCCGAAGAGGCUGAGCCCCCUUUCGACCAACCAUAACAAUGGAACCAUGGUGUCCAAUGGAGGAUUAAUCAGCCCCCAGUCACCCGUAUCCCGAUCUUCUGGAAGAGCCAUUGACCCCAGUUUGCCUCUCCACAAGCAAAACCCUCCGCCCUGCAAUGAACACUACCUCAUGACAUGUUCUAAAGGGGCCGGAAUAUGCAAAUAUUCGCAUGACUACCUCUUGACCCCUGAACAGCUGGCACAACUUGCAAACAAUGCCAAGAAGGCGCCUUGUAACUGGCUCAAAAAUGGUACGCACAUCCACCCGUAG